GGAAAUUAAAGCAUCUUUUCAUUUUUCAAAGUUGAAGAAAGGGUGUGAGAGGAGCAUAAUGGAUUAUUAUACACUUGUGUUAGGAUCAAUUUUUGCCUUGAGUUUUCUUUAUAUUCUAGCCAAAAUACGCAGAAAAGGUACCAAAAAACUUCCACCAGGGCCAAAACCAUGGCCAAUUAUAGGAAACCUUCACUUAUUAGGUCAAAAACCUCAUAUAUCACUAGCCAAUCUUGCAAAAAUCUAUGGUCCAAUUAUGAGUUUAAAACUUGGCCAAAUUACUACAAUUGUCAUUUCUUCUUCAACCAUGGCAAAACAAGUCCUUAAAAAUCAAGAUCAAGCAUUUUCAACUAGAUUUAUUCCUAAUGCCCUGCAAGCUCAUAACCAUUACAAAUUUUCUGUAGCAUGGCUUCCUGUUUGUCCUCAAUGGCGAACGCUUCGACGAAUCUUGAACACCAACCUCCUCUCUUCCAAUAGGCUUGAUGCAAAUCAACAUCUAAGAUCUCAAAAGGUGAAAGAAUUGCUUGCUUAUUGUGCAAAAUGUAGUCAAGAAGGUGAAGUUGUGGAUAUAGGUCAAGUUGCUUUCAAGACUAAUCUCUAUUUGGUGUCAAACACCCUUUUCUCUAAGGACCUGGCUGACCCCUUUUCGGAUUCAAAGGUUGAACUGAAGGAUGUGAUUUGGGGCAUUAUGGCUGAGGUUGGGAAGCCUAACCUAGUAGAUUUUUUCCCUUUACUCGAAAAAAUUGAUCCUCAAGGGAUAAGGCGUCGUGCAACAUUUCAUUUUGGUAAGUUGAUGAAACUUUUUGAUGGUUUGAUCAACGAGCGAUUGGAGGAAAAUAAUAGAUUUAGUCGCGCAAAGAGUGAUGUUUUGGAAGUUUUCCUCAAUAUCAGCAAAGAAAACCCUGAAGAGAUCAAUCAUAAUCACAUCAAGUCCAUGUUCCUGGUUCGUUCUCUUCUUAUUUAUAUGACGUAUCAUUAAAAAUAGACGAUGAAUGUAUAACAUAUGUAUAUAAUAAUUUGUAUAUAUCUCUUAGGAAAAGUAGAUAAUAAAUUCGGCUUGUUAUUUGUGUAUAGAUCUCCCUGAUAUAACUAUUUUACAUUUUGGAGGUUUUAAAGCAUGAUACA